CAGUGGUAAUCAUUGACAUUCGGUGCUCAACCACCUAGCCUCACUCCCUCACUUUCUCAACCCCUUGCGCAAAACAUUUGAAGAGCAUCACUCCUAAGACGUCACGAUGGGGUCCACCGAUCCUAUUCCCAGUCUGGACAACGACGUCGCCAUCAUUGGCAUGGCAUGUCGCUUCCCUGGGGACGCCACCAGCCCAUCAAAACUAUGGGACUUGCUGAUGGAAGGCAAGUCCGCCUGGUCAGAAAUCCCAGCAACAAGAUGGAACCAAGAAGCACAUUACCACCCAUCCCAGGAGCGCGCAGGGAGUAAUAUCGUAAAGGGGGGACACUUCCUGCGCGAUGGCGAGCAGAACGGCAAGCAGUUCGACGCCGCCUUCUUCAACAUCACCCGCACAGAAACGGAGACGAUGGAUCUCCAGCAGCGGGUAGUCAUGGAGAAUGUGUACGAGGCAAUGGAGAGCGCAGGCCUCCGGCUAGAGGACAUGAAAGGCAGCAACACCAGCGUGUUUGCGGGUCAGUUUACAGACGACGUGAGGUCCAUACUGCAAGAGGACCCGGACGUGUCUCAAAAAUACAAGCCCAUCGGCACCAGCGCAGCCAUCCUGGCGGCGCGGAUAAGCUGGUUCUACGACCUGAGAGGCGCCAGUUUCACACUCGACACAGCAUGCUCAAGCAGUAUCGUAGCGUUGCACACAGGAGCCCAGGACCUGCGGGCCGGGCUCAGCGACAUGUCCAUCAUCACCGGCGUCAACAUAAUCGAGUCGCCCGAGUUCAUGUUCCGGGCCAGCGGCCUCGGCAUGGUGUCUCCGGACGGAAAGUGCUACUCGCUGGACUCGCGGGCCAACGGCUACGGGCGCGGCGAGGGCGUGGGCACGCUGAUCCUCAAGCCCGUGGCGGCAGCCAUCCGCGACGGCAACGUGAUCCGCGCGGUGCUGCGCGGCACGGGCGUCAACUCGGACGGGCGCGGCACGGGCGGCAUCACGCUGCCAAGCAAGCCGGCGCAGGAGCGACUCAUGCGUGACGUGUACGCGCGCAACGGCCUUGACAUGGACGACACGCGCUUCCUCGAGGGCCACUUCACGGGCACGCCGGCGGGCGACCCAACCGAGGCUGGCGCCAUCGCGGCCGUGUUCCAGCGCGGGGGGCCCAAGGCAGCAGAGCGGCCGCCGCUGCACAUCGGCACCGUCAAGACGAACAUUGGCCACCUGGAGGCGGCGUCUGGCAUGGCCCAGGUGAUCAAGACGGUGCUGGUGCUGGAAAACGGCGUGAUACCGCCAAACACCAACUUUGAGAAGAUCAACCCCAGGAUACCAAUCGAGAGAUGGGGCCUCAAGCUGCCCCUGGCCCCGACGCCGUUCGAGGCAGGUCCCUCGGGGGUGCGCCGGGCGAGUAUCAACAGUUUCGGGUUCGGAGGCACCAACGCCCACCUGGUGAUGGACGAUGCGAAGAGUUACCUCGACCGGCUGGGCCUUGGCGACAGCGCCCACCUGCAUAAGACAAGAUCGAGCACAUGCACUCCGGCACUCGAGGCCCCCUCGGCAGAUGGGGACUCAGGAGCCGCGGCACGCCACAGGAUCUUCUUGUUCUCGGCCAACGAACAAGACGGCAUCCCGCGGGUCCUGGCCAGCCUCGCGGAGCACCUGCAGAAGCAGACGGUGGACGACACCUACCUCUCCAGCCUCGCCACGACACUCUCAGAGCGGCGGUCACGCCUGUCCUGGCGCCUCGCCGUCACGGCCGACUCAGCCGAGUCCCUCCUCGCCGCACUCGCCGAUCCCAUCACCAGCAGCAGUGCGGUGCGCCCGGGCAAGGCCACCAAGCCGGCGGCGGGCUUCAUCUUCACGGGCCAGGGCGCACAGUGGUUCGCAAUGGGCCGGGAGCUGCUCGCCUUCGACGUGUUCCGGGAGAGCGUCGCCGAGGCCGACCGGUUCAUCUCCAACACGCUCGGCAGCGGGUUCAGCGUGCUGGAGGAGCUCACGCAGCGCGACGCGCAGACCACCAGGAUCGACCAGCCGCUGUACUCGCAGACGCUGUGCACCGUGCUGCAGGUGGCCCUGGUGGACCUGCUGGCCAGCUGGAACCUGGCGCCCAAGCGGGUGGUCGGGCACUCGAGCGGCGAGAUCGGGGCUGCGUACGCGGCGGGGGCGCUGGACCGCGAGUCGGCGUGGAAGGUGGCGUACUGCCGUGGUGUGGUCAGCGCAAAGCCGGCGGCAGACAACAUCCGCGGGGCCAUGAUGGCCAUCGGGUGCACGGCGGACGAGGCGGCGCCGCUCAUGGCGCAGGUCAACGAGAAGCUGGGCGCCGAGGGCGAGCUGGUCAUCGCCUGCUACAACUCGCCCCACAGCCUGACCAUCUCGGGAGACGAGGCCAAGGUCGACGCGAUGGUCGAGGUCGCCAGCGGCAAGAAGCUGUUCGCCCGGAAGCUGCGGGUGGCGAGGGCGUACCACUCGAGCCACAUGGUGCCCGUGUCGGACGAGUACCGCUCGCUGAUGGGCGAGCUGCGCGCGGCGGACAACAAGCCGGAUGAUGUGCAGGUCGUGUCGUCCGUCACGGGCGGCCUCGUCGCCACCGGCGAGAUGACCAAGGCCGACUACUGGGUGCAGAACCUCGUGUCGCCGGUCCGGUUCUCGCAGGCGCUCGUGGCCCUGUGCGCCUCCAACGUCGCCAAGAAGCAGCUCAAGGUCGGCGGCGGCGCAGAGCUGCCCGUGUCGCACCUCGUCGAGGUCGGCCCGCACGGCGCCCUGCAGGCUGCUGCCCGGGACGCCGUGCUCGACGACGCCAACUACAAGGCCCUGCGCUACGUGUCCGUCCUGACCCGCGGCAAGAACGCGAGCGCCACCACGCUGCAGGCAGUCGGUGCCCUCGCCGCGGCGGGCCUGCCCAUCGACCUCGCCAAGGUCAACGGCAGCGGCAGCAGGGACGCCAUGCUCGUCGACCUGCCGCCGUACCCCUUCCACCACGCAAAGGAGACGCACUCGUGGCUGGAAUCCCGCAGCAGCCGCGCAUGGCGCUUCCGCAAGCACGCCCGGCACGACGUCCUGGGCGCCCCCGUGCGAGACUGGGACCCCGAGGCCCCCAGGUGGCGCAACCACCUCCGCGUGCCCGAGGUCCCCUGGCUGCGGGACCACAAGGUCACGGACAGCAUCGUCGUCGCCGGCGUCACGUACCUGGUGAUGGCCAUCGAGGCGGUGCGCCAGCUGUACAGCGACAGGGGCGAGGUGCCCACCGGCUUCAACCUGCGCGACGUGAGCAUCUCGCGGGCGCUGCAGGUCAGCGAGGACGAGCACACCGAGACCAUGUUCUCCAUGCGGCGCGUCACCGAGUCGCGCCAGUCAGACAGCAGCCUGUGGUGGGAGUGGAAGGUCACCUCCUUCAGCGCCCACGACGACUCGUGGCUCGAGCACAGCCGCGGCCAGAUCUCGGCCGAGACCGACGCCUCCACCACCACCGGCGUCAUCGACGGCGGCCGCGAGGAGAGGGCCCGCCGCCAGAAGUACAGCGAGCUGCUGGCCGCCGUGACCGAGGCCUGCACCGCGCCGCAGACAGAGGCCCUCGCCAGCAAGUACGCCGAGCUCGAGCGCAUCGGCCUCGGCUUCGGGCCCAUGUUCCGCAACAUCACCAGCGUCCACUCCAACGGCGACGACAAGGCCCGCGGCCAGGCCCUCGCCACCGUCCGCAUCCCCGACCUGGCCACGGCGAUGCCCGCCCGCGCGCUCGCCGACUCCGUGAUCCACCCGCCCGUGUUCGACAGCAUCCUGCACUCCUUCGUCUUCGCCCUGCAGGCCUCCACCGGCCGCCUGACGGAGCCCAUGGUGCCCGUCGCCAUGCGCAGCGUCUGGGUCAGCGCCGACAUCGAGGCCCAGCCCGGCUCGGAGCUCACCGUGCACGCCGUGGCCGGCCGUGUCGGCCACAAGAGGGCCGAGGCGGACAUCACGGCCUGGAGCACCAACGCCGAGGCUGACAACCCCGCCAGGAUCGUGAUGCGCGGCAUCGAGACCGUGCCGCUGCAGGAGAGCACGACUGCGGGCGACUCGGCCAGUGACGUGCGGGAGAUCUGCUUCAACCUGGACUGGAAGCCGGAUGUGGACAUCCUGGAGGCGAGCGGCGAGGCAGAGGCCUGCAUCCGCUCCGCCCUGAAGCCACUGGAGACGCCGGAGCUCGAGGAGAGAAAUGUGAAGACGCUCUGGGACGUACAGCUGGCGUGCGCCAUCUGGAUCAUCGAGGCCGUCAAGGACCUCGAGGCCCGGCCGCUUGCGGACGAGAAGGCACUGCCUGAGCACAUGCAGAAGUACCUACGCUGGCUGCGUCUCAUCGUCGACCACUACAAGAACAACAAGGUGAUCAGCCAGGACGCCUCGUGGGCGGCCAUUGUGGAAGACGCUGCGGCGCGCGAAAAGUUCCUUGCCGAGUAUGAGGCAUCAGGCCACCCCGAAGCCGUCAUGAUCUGCCGCAUGGGCCGCAACAUUGCACCCAUCCUCCGCGGCGACGUCGACGGGCUGCACCUGCUGUUCGGCAUGGACGACAUGCUUGAGCGCGUCUACCGGGUCGCCAUUGGAACCCAGAAGAUCCACACCCUGAUGGGAGCAUAUGCUGGCACGCUCAGCCACAAGCGGGGCGCAGAUCUCAAGGUGCUCGAGAUUGGUGCCGGAACGGGUGGUACCACGACCAGUAUCCUCGAGGCCGUCUGCCCCAACGGCACCCGGAUCAUCGGAGACUCCCGCCUGCUCAAGUACACGUACACGGACAUCAGCCCAAGCUUCUUCGAGACCGCCGCCACCAAGUUUGGCAAGUGGAAGGCUGGUGGCGUGAUCGAGUUCAAGACGUUGGACAUUGACCGGGACGUCGAGGAGCAGGGCUUCGACCUGGCCUCGUACGACCUCAUCAUCGCGGCCAACUGUCUGCACGCGACCUCGGAUAUCACCCAGACCAUGACCCGCGUCAACAGCCUGCUGAAGCCCGGCGGAAAGGUCUUCCUCCAGGAGACCACCGAGAUCUGGUGCCUCGAGUCCCCCCUGGUGUUCGGCAUGCUUGCGGGCUGGUGGGCGGGCAAGGAGGACUUCCGCCCCUGGGGCCCGCUGCUGGACGGAAAGGGGUGGGAGCAGGUGCUGCGCAAGGCCGGCUUCGCCGACAAUGUCCUGGAGCUCAAGGACUCGCUGAACGACGACCAACACGUGCAGAGCAUGAUCGUGGCCACGCGGCCGGAGGAGGAAGACGCCAGCAACCAGCUCGACGAGGACGAUGCCAUCAGCCGGGUGUUUGUGAUCGCGCACACGACGCCCGAGGACAUCGCCCUGGCAGAUGCCAUGGCCUCUGCUCUUGGGAAUGUGACGGAAAAGCCCGUGAGCAUCGUCCGUUUCGCCGACCUGGCCCAGCACAGCCUGAAGAACACAGCUUGUAUUGUGGCAAUGGAGACCACCGCGCCCUUCCUCGCAUCGUCCUUCAGCGAAGGCGAGUUCGAUCUGCUGCGCCAGCUGUUGUGCACAGCUGGAGGUCUGCUGUGGCUCACGCUUGAUCCAUACGAGAACCCACACAUGGGCCUGAUAUCCGGCCUGCUUCGCACCGUGCGCUGGGAGAGAGACCUGGACGGCUCGGACCUGCUGAUCCUGCACCUGGCCUCUGGCGAGACCUCGCUCGUUGUUCCCAGCGUCGUCAAGAUCUUCAAGCAUCAUUUCGCCGGGUCCUCCUUCUCGCCAGAUCGCCACGCAGACUACCUUGUCAACGCAGUCGGUGGUGCUGACGGCGGCUUCAUCCAGACGGCCCGGAUCGUCGCUGCUCCCCCCGUCAACGACUUCAUCGCAAAGAGGACGACUGUGCUCCAGCCUCAGCUGCAGGAGUUUGGUGCUGACCCAGACCGCAGCCUGAAGCUCUACACCUCGGCGCCGGGACGCCUGGACAAGCUGCACUUCAUCGACUGGCCGGGCGCGGAGCAGCCCCUCAAGGGCAACGAGGUCCAGGUGGAUAUCAAGGCGGCGGGCUUGAACUUCCGCGACGUCAUGGUGGCUAUGGGCGAGCUGGUGAACAACAUCCUCGGUUACGAGGGCGCCGGUGUUGUCACUCACGUCGGCUCCGAGGUGACGGACGUCAAGGUGGGCGACCGUGUCGUCCUGGUCUGGAACGGCGACAACAACUGCCUCCAGAACCGUACAAGAGUGCCUCAGGACCUUCUGGUCAAGAUUCCCGACCGCAUGUCGUUCGAGGAGGCCGCCAGUAUCCCUGUCGUCUUCGUGACGGCAUACUUCUGUCUCUAUGAGGUAGCCCGUCUGAAAGCGGGCGAGUCCAUCCUCGUCCACGCCGCAGCUGGCGGUACAGGUCAGGCCGUGAUCCAGCUGGCCAAGCACAUAGGUGCCAAGGUCUACGCGACCGUAUCCUCGCACGAGAAGAGAAAGCUGCUGGUGGAGGAGUAUGGGCUUUCUGAGGACUGCAUCUUUAGUAGCCGUGAUCUGUCCUUCGCAGACGGCAUCAUGCGGAUGACUGAGGGCAAGGGCGUCGACGUGAUCGUAAACUCCCUCUCAGGAGAAGCACUGCGCGCAUCCUUCAACUGCAUAGCCAUGUUCGGGCGCUUCGUCGAGAUUGGUAAACGCGACAUCAUGGCCAACAGCAAGAUCGACAUGCUCCCCUUCAGCCGCUGUGCCACGUUCACCGCGGUUGACCUCGCCCAGAUAGCCACCAUGGCGCGCCCGCUGACCUCGCAGAUGAUGCACUCCGUCAUCGACCUGCACGCCUCCGGCAAGCUCCACGCCUGCAAGCCGCUCAACAUCCACCCCUUUUCUGAGAUGGAAGACGCCUUCCGAAUCCUCCAGCAGGGCAAGCACAUAGGCAAGCUCGUCCUCACCGCACACCCUGAGGACAUCGUCAAGGUCACCCCCAAGCCCCCGGCGCCCACACGCCUGAGGCCAGACGCGACCUACCUGCUGCCCGGCGGCGCAGGCGGUCUCGGACGAUCCAUCGCCAAGUGGAUGGCCGCGCCGGCGCAAGGAGCCAAGAACCUGGUUUUCCUCUCCCGCGGCGGCGCCGACGCCCCGACGACGCGCGAGCUGCUCGACGAGCUGACAGCCCUUGGCGUGCGGGCGACGGCGCUCAAGUGCAACGUCGGCGACGAGGCGCAGCUGGCGGCAGCCCUGGCCGAGAUCACACGCCUGGGCUUCCCACGCAUCGCAGGUGUGAUCCAGGGCGCGAUGCAGCUGCGCGACUCGGCGUUCGAGUUCAUGUCGCACGCGCAGUGGGAGGAGUGCCUGGGCCCCAAGGUCCAGGGCACGUGGAACCUGCACAAGCACCUGCCCAGGGACAUGGACUUCUUCGUGAUGCUGGGCAGUGUCGCAGGGCUGGUCGGCAACCGCGGCCAGUCCAACUACGCGGCGGGCAACACGUUCCAGGACGCGCUCGCCAUCCACCGGCGGUCGCAGGGCCUGGCGGCGACGUGUAUCGACCUGUGUAACAUCCUGAGCGUGGGCUUCGUCGCCGAGAACCAGGAGACGCUCAAUAAGAACCCGCUGUUCUUCUUCGCGCACGACGGCAUCCGCGAGGACGAGUUCCUCAGCCUGGUCGAGUUCCACCUCGACGCCGAGCGCGCGGGCUCCAGGGGCCAGCCGCAGAUCGGCGUGGGCCUGGCGCCGCUGUCCGUCUUCAAGGAGCGCGGCCUGCCCGAGCCGACCUUCAUCAAGUCGCCGCUGUUCCGGCAGCUGCGGUCGGCGGGCGGCGAGUCGGGCGGCGCGGCGGACGGCGCGGCGGACCAGGACGGCGCCGUGUCGGUGACGAAUGCGCUCAAGUUCGCCGAGAGCCCCGAGGCCGCGGCCGAGGUGAUCUGUGACGCGCUGGUGAAGAGGCUGAGCCGCACGAUGCGCAUUGCGGAGCCGGAUAUUGACGUUGGCAAGCCCAUCCACGCGUAUGGCGUGGAUUCGCUGGUGGCCAUGGAGAUCAGGAAUUAUCUUGCCAGUGAGUGUGGGUCCGAGAUUUCCGUGUUGGAGAUCAUGGGCAACAAGAGCUUGGAGGUUCUCAGUGGUGAUAUUGCCAAGGGAAGCAAGUUUGUUAAAGUUGCUAGUAAGCCCGAGUAAGGGCAAGGAGCAUGGCGUGGAGCGUGUAUAAUGCAUUUUUAUCAGCAUCGUUAAACUUCAGACCUCUGUGGUAUUAAGCCAAGUUCAGCCACUUAAGCAGCGCAUCGACUACCAAGGACUUUUGUCCAGGUUUGAGUGGAUGAUAUGGGUGAUAAGGAAAUGAGUCAAGCCAUCAGGUUUCUGUUUGGUGAAUCAGAAGUCAUAUCAUCAUCAGAUCCUGCCAGAUAGAGUGCCAAACAUACCGACCUCGGCAGACAAUAUUUUGAAGGUGGCCGUUGUCACAAUCCGAUAGACUGUCGCUAAUGUGAAAACUGUGGAUUCUUUGAUCAAAAAACAUUGUCUUUCGAGGCAAUCCACUGAGUCAGUAAAUGCGGUGUCCGCGAUAGUUGAGCAGCCACAAUUCUCACGGUAUUUGUGUUACGCGGCUGGCCUCUACUUGCUGAAUAUUCAAGAAAGUAAAAUCCUGAAUGAGACGAAUAGUUAGCUAAUACAAAUUGCCUUUUCGAAUGUGCGAGUGAAUAUCUUUGAAGGACAAAACUUGCUGAACC